UCCGGAAGGUGCAUUUUGAUUGGUGAAGGGACAGGCAGAGUCGUUGGCGCAUGCGCAGUGUGGUAUGGACGCAGGAUGGGCUUUACCAAGGUAACGGGCUCUGUUUACAUCGUUGUGACACCAGGGAUCGAACCUUGUUGUAGCACAAAGGAACCCCGGGGAAAGAGGAGUCCGCAGCAUGCCGGUCCGAUUCAAGACUUCAUCAGAAUAUGACAGAAAUUUCAAGUGGCGCACAUCCCAUGAUGCAAAUGAAGACCCUUCCGAUAUGUCCAGAUGGGCUGGGCUUCGAUCGGAAGAGCUUGGGAUCACUAAAGAGCCAGGCUUUCCUUCAAAGCGAAGAGUUCCUUAUUACUACCCACAGAUUUCAAAAUCAUUUCAGUGGAAAGAAAAUGAUGACUAUGUAAAAGAAAGUGUGAAGUUAGAUGGAGGUAUUGAAAAGGACUCCUUAGUUAAAGAGAAAAUCAUUACACCAGAUGCACCAAGGUUAAAGAAAAAAGCUAGAUCCAAGUCAGCAGUGCCUAGAAUAGAGACUGAUAAUGGGCACUCAGCAGCUCCCAGAAUGCAGUCUCCUGAAGGCCACUCAGAGGUGGUGAGAACACAGCCUGCCAAGGGUAGUUCACCUGUGGCAGGAAUAAGAAAUAAUAAAGAGGACUAUAAAAAAGCGCCUGUGCCUAAGAUAUCAAUUCAUCACAAAGAAGCCAAUGGGGUUCACAGAGUUCUGCAGAAAAAAGCUGGCAUGAAUGUAGAGCCGUCACAUCACCCGCUGAGGACAUCUGAAUAUCAAAGGCAGUUUGAAAGAAAAACCGGCACAGAAAAUUCACCUUUGCUUGCUGCAGAACAGGUUGUACAUAACAAGAAUCAUUCAGUGCCACCAUUUAAAUUAAAUAAUCCUAACAUAGAGACGGAAUAUAAUAGUCAGUUUAAAGGAUCUCCACCUUCAAAAGGUCCAAAGUUAAGAAAGGACUGGGAGGACAAACAUCACACAGAAUAUGAUACAAAUCAUCAUUCUCCUAAAAGAAAGGAUAAAAAGAAGACGGUUGGUGAAGUGAAGUCAGGUUCUGCCAAAGUGAACACAUCUGACAUAGAACAGAAAGCAACUGAUCAAAUAAAUAUUCUUAAGGAAAAUGUUAUUAAGCAACUUUACACUCCCACAAAAUAUAACAGGAAAGCAAAAACUGAAUAUUCUGCAAAUUAUCUAUCCCCUUCAGACUAUAAAUACAAAGAUGGAGCCUGGAUGAGAGCAAAGCCUCAAGUAAAUGAUCAAGACUCUCCUCUCAGUGUAGGCUCCAUGUGGGUCGCUGAGGUAAAGGAACUGCGAGAAAAAGCUGAAUAUUAUAGACGCCGAGCUCAAGGGACUCAUUUCUCCCGGGACCACCUUAAUCAGAUAAUGUCUACGGACAAUAAAUUUUGGGAUGUGUCUUCUACCUCAAGUGGGGAGGAAGAUAUGAGCAACAACAUUAAAGCUUUAGAUUUGGCAGGUCUACAUAGUUCUUCAAGGAAUGAAAGCAAACAUCAGUCACCAACCAAACCUAAAGCUGCCUCCAAUACUGGUAUUCUUGGGGUUUCGGAUGUUCCAACCCUCACAGUUAGAAGAAAACUAGUUUGGGAUGAAUAUGAGGACACUGAAAAAAACGAAGAUGUAACACCGUUGGGAACAGAUGAUGAGGCAGAAGAAGUUGCUGAUGCAGAAGAUAGAGUUGAGGUCGAGGAAAAUGAUGAAAAAUUUCAUGAAGACAAUAACAAAACAAGACCCUAUGGCAAAAAAUCCAGUUUAUUAGAAGACGAAUCUGAACGUACCUCAGUAACUUCAGGAGUUGAAGGAAGACUUCCUACUCCAAAACUGAAAACCCUUGGAUUGGUUCAGAGGACCCAUCAUGAUCUAACCACUCCAGCCACAGGGGGAGCUCUGUUAGUUUCCCCUUCAAAGAAUCAGCAGCAUACACCAGAACAUAGUCAGAAGAGAUCUUCUAAAAAACAUGGCUCCCCAAAGAAGACGGUCUCCAAAGCUGUAAACGAAAGAAAUGGAAAAAGGGAUGAUCAGCAGGCUGCACAGUCUCCCCCAGUUGCUGGUCUGAAGACUGUCGAUCCAUUGCCAAUUCGAGAGGAUCCCUGGACAAGUCUUUCCAAUAAGCCUUUGCCUGCAACAAUCGCAUACCCUGUCUGCAGAUCUGUAGAGAAUCCCUAUGUGCCAUUACCUUGGCAGUGGAGUCCAUUAUGCCGAAUACAGGGAACACUGAGAGAUCCAGAGUUCCAGCAUAAUGGUAACUUUAACAGUAUCGGCAUCUAUGGUUCAGCUGUAAAUGAUGAUGACAGCAAUGAAGAUGACCGACUUUCCCAGAUCUCUGCCAGGUCAGCAGCUUCUAGUUCUUUGGCCUCACAAGUCCUGGAGCGUGCUCAAAAAAGAAAAGAGAAUUUCUGGGGAAACAAAUGAUCAGCCCAUCCGUCAACUUUUACUUAUAAUAUAUUUUUAAAGAAUUUGAUAUGGAGGAAAGAAAAAGGUAUACUAAUUUUGUCAUUGAUUUUUGUAUUUUAAUUUUGGAUAGAUUUGCACAUUUUUGUAUUAAUGGAAACAUUACCUGUGUAUUGUGACUCUAUUUUGUUAGUAUUUUUGAAUCUUACAUGUGUGUAGUUCCCAG